AUUUUAACUAUUCGAUUUUUUUCUACUAAAAUUCUUAUAAAAACGUACAAUGUGAAAAUUAAUAAAAACCUUGACAAGAAUUUGCUGUAGUCAUUGCGGACGUUUGAACUAUCAAAUCUUUAUAAACAACGGAUUUUUUUGUAAUGACGAUAGAGUGAAAAUCAAAUUUCGAGUUACGAUAACAAUAGAUUUCUACUAAUCCUCUAAGUUAUCGUACGGUUCUAUUGCUUUAAGGAUCUUUAUAGCCCAUCUCUUUCUCCAAGAAGUGCCUACAUAACUAAAACGUACACGCAACGUGAAUUUGGCGACGCUACAUAGAAUGUCUCGCGAUCGGUUGAACAAGACCAGCGUCUUUAGAAGUGUUUAUAAUAAUCAAAGUUUAAAUUCAACACGAACUGCCACUCAUAACUAUAUUGCGAGUACCAAAGACUCGCUGGACUAUGUGCAGCGUUUGGGUUUGAUGAGCCGUUUACAUGUGCACUCUGGCUGUGUGAACACUGUUAGUUGGAGCAGCUCGGGUGAAUAUUUGUUGUCGGGUAGCGAUGAUCAGUGCAUUGCUAUAACGAACCCGCACAGUCAAGAGGUAUUAUUGAAAUAUAAAACGGCUCACAGGGCAAAUAUUUUUAGUGCACGGUUUAUGCCACAGUCGAAUGGUCAUUCGAUAGUAUCGUGUUCUGGAGAUGGCAUUGUGUUACAUACCGAGUUGUUAGCUCCAUAUGUGCGUCGGCAGCAUACAACGUUAUUAAAUAGUGUGAACACUGUGAUCCCAGGCGCUGAUUCUACGAUAGAGACUGCUCCUAUGCAGCCCUUAUAUGAACAUAGUGAGAAUGAGGCUAAAUUGAGUUUUUUUAAUUGUCACAAAAGUGGUACAACAUAUGAAGUACUAACCAUACCUUCAGAGCCAAGGUCAUUUUUAAGUUGCGGGGAGGAUGGUACAGUUCGUCUUUUCGAUUUACGUCAGAUAUCGAGUUGUCAUAAGACAUGCUGCAAAGAUAAUAUACUUAUAUUCAGCCCAUCAGCGGUUAAUGCCAUGGAUUUGUCGCCCAUCAGUAACUACUAUGUAGCAGUCGGUAGUUCCGAUGCGAUUGUACGAGUCUAUGAUCGACGUUACCUGUCGGUCAUUGACUUUAGCGAUAGCUCUAUCCCCACUACUGAGAGGCAUACUAAGCCGAUUAAAGCCUAUCCAAUUCCCAUGAUGACGAAUCGACAAUAUCGCAUAACUUGCGUUAGAUACAGCCCCGAAGAGUCUGAACUGCUGGUUAGUUACUCUUCCGAGUAUUUGUAUCUAUUUGAUUUGCGUCGUGACGGUGUAGACGUAAAUGAGCUGUACGAAAAGGGGCGAACAGCUGAUGUCAACAGAUCAUCUCCUCCUCCCACUUUAACGGCAGAACAAGUUACGCGAAGAUUACGCUUGCGUGGUGAUUGGUCUGACACAGGACCGGACGCGCGUCCCGAGAACUACCCGAGAGGCCGAGUGGAAAUUGGGCAGGUGCGUCCGCAAUUGCAAGCGAACAUAAUGAGUCGGAUGACAGAGGUUAUAUCCCGUAUGCUUAACGAUCCACGAACACGAAUGGGUCUUUCCGGCCAAGCACAAGAGCUUAAUCGUGAAAAUCAAGCGACGCUUUUGGCUGCAGUGGCAAGGGAAACGUCGGACGAUUCGACACCAUCUACUUCAGGCGCUUAUUGGCGUAGAGUUGCUAGUCGUUUACACAACUCUCGUACUAUUAACUUAAAUAAUACAAUGCCUCAAACGCAGGUGAUUUCAACUCAACCUAUCUCCACAACGGUUGUAGUCAAUAAUAUUAGUCGACCUACAGAAGGAAAUAACACAGAUGCUCCAGUAGAACCGACAAAUACGUCCAUUACCGACACGCCUAAUCUUAGCAGUGUUGGUCAGCAAGCCAUACAGUUCCGUGACGAUGAAGCGGAUACUCUGAACGAAGAACUUGCGGAACUCGACAAGCGACUUUUCGAUUAUCUGCGUAUGAAGUUUGUUGGGCAUAGGAAUGCACGUACCAUGAUUAAGGAAGCAAACUUUUGGGGUAAUAAUUAUGUUAUGUCGGGAUCGGAUUGCGGACAUAUAUUUACAUGGGACCGACGCACCGGGAAACUAGUCAUGUUAAUGCAAGGUGAUCAACAUGUUGUGAACUGCUUACAACCUCAUCCUGAGCUGCCCUAUUUAGCGAGCUCCGGCAUAGAUUAUGAUGUAAAAAUAUGGGCUCCCUCGUUGGAGCAUGUCAAUUUCGAUGAGGCGGAAGCUGAAGAUCUCAUGAAACGUAAUGCAAUAAUGUUGGAGCAAACUAAAGAUACUAUCACAGUACCAGCGGCUUUUAUGAUACGACUGUUGGCCUGUAUUCAUUCUCUGCGAAAUCGCGAACGUAUCCUUAACUCUGAAGGAAGCAAUAAUACCAACCAAACAGAAAAUAUAAACAAUGACAACAAUAGCAGAGCAACAAAUGAGCCUGAGAGUUCUAAUUUGAAUGCAAAUGGUGGUGAAGUUUCGGAGGAGACCAACAAUGACGAAUAAGGAAAAAAUAUAAAAAAAAAGUUCAUGUCCAAUACACCUUGAAAUAAAAUCCGUUUAUCAGAUGGCAUAAUCUCGAAGUGUAAUAAUUAAAAGAAUGAAAAAUUUAAAGUUUCAUACUGAGAAAAAGCAAUGCGUAAAAAACGGUUAAAACCAAUAAGUCAGAACACUAUUAUAAGAAUCAAUUAGUUUAGGUUAGCUUUUGAAGAGUAUAUGCCGUUUAAAUAAAAAUCGAUAUUCCCUUCUCCAA